AUGGCUGCCGAACCUGAGGCCCCGACCGACCUGCCCCCCGCCGCGGCCACGGACCCUGACGCUGGAUCAAAGAAACAGCUUGUCGACCCUUGGAACGUUGCCGGAGAAGUCGGCGAAGAUGGCAAGGUCAAGGCAAUCGACUACAAUAAAUUGGUGGAGGACUUUGGCACGAAGCUCAUCGAUCAGGCGUUGCUUGACCGAUUCGAGAAGGUCACCGGCCACAAGCCGCAUCGCUUCAUGCGACGUAAGAUCUUCUUCAGUGAAAGAGACCUGAGCCUCAUUCUCGAUCGUCAUGAGAAGGGUGAGCCUUGGUUCUUGUACACUGGCCGUGGUCCCAGUAGUGACAGCAUGCACGUGGGCCACACUCAGAUCUUCGACUUUUGCAAGUGGUUGCAGGAGGUUUUCGAUGUCCCCAUGAUCAUCAUGCUUACGGACGACGAGAAGUUCUUGUUUUCCGAGAACAAGACUGUGGAGGAAGUCAUGAGUUACACGAAAACGAAUGCCAAGGACAUCAUCGCCAUUGGUUUCGACCCCGACAAGACCUUCAUCUUCUCCGAUUACGACUACAUUGGUGGUGCAUUCUACAGAAACAUCACGCGCUUCUCCAAGUGUGUCACAUACAACACCGCCAAAGCUGUGUUUGGCUUCAAUGACAGCACCAACAUUGGCAAGAUCCACUUCGGCAGUAUCCAAGGCGCCACAUCCUUCGCAUCAUCAUUCCCGCACAUUUUCGGCACAGAUGAGUCCCGAACUCAAAAGAUUCCGUGCUUGAUCCCCUGUGCCAUCGACCAAGAUCCUUACUUCCGUGUGACACGGGACGUUGCCGCACGCCUCAAGUUUGCCAAGCCAUCUCUCAUCCAUGCCCGCUUCUUGGAUGCCCUCCAAGGGCCUGGAUCCAAGAUGUCAGCCAGCAUUGAGUCAUCGGCAAUUUUCUUGAAAGAUACACCGAACCAAAUCAAGAACAAGAUCAACAAGUAUGCCUUUUCUGGCGGCCAGGAAACUGUCGAGGAGCACAGACGUCUGGGUGGCAAUCCGGACGUAGAUGUCGCCUAUCAGUGGCUCGGCUUCUUCUUUGAAGAUGAUGAGGAGCUGAAGAAACUGGGUGAGCAGUACCGAAAGGGAGAGCUACUUACAGGAGAGCUUAAAGCGAUCUGUAUCAAGCAACUCCAGGCAUAUGUUGCCAGCUUUCAAGAGCGAAGAGCGUUGGUUAGUGACGAGAUCGUCGACCACUUCAUGGCAAGGAAGCCUCUCAAUUGGAAGAACAAGCCUGCUGCAGAGAAAGUGGUUCCUGUGGCAAAGGGUGGUGCAUCUGACGGUGCCGAUGGUGCAGGCGACGGAACGAUGACGAAAAAUCAGCUCAAGAAGCUGGAGAAACAAAAGCAGAUCGCAGCCCAAAAAGCUGCGAAGGCAGCAGAGAAGGAAGCAGCCAAGAAAGAGGCAAGUGGCUAA